UUGACUUCACAAGGUUGUAAAUGAUGUAAUGAAGUGCCACUUCUAAGCGGUAUGAGGCAGCAACACUCCACUCCACCGUUUAGCCUGUUUAUAGGAGGAGGAGGAGAAGAAGACAAAAAUCCGCCAGUCUGUUAUGUUUGUCUAUGGGUUUCCGAUGAAUUUUCGCUUUCAGGCAUGUCUAUAGCUCCUAAAGCAUGGAAAAACUUGCUGCGUCUGGAGAUGGCACAUCCGCUCAUCUAAGCCAAACAUCUAAUUACAUAACAGUACCUCUGGACACCAUUAUAAAGGACCAGAAAAUCCUUUCUUAUGGCGGAUCAACAGCAUUUAAAAGUGGCUGGAAACAAACAUCCCCUUUGCAAACCAGCAACGAACAGAUUUUGACACAAAAUCAACAGAAUAACGAAUCUUACUUAAGACAAUCUACAGUGUCAUUUUAUAGACCGACUGGACAGAGCGGGAAUAGUUUUAUACAAGUGCUCCCUAAUGCCAACUAUCCUCAGCACAAAUCACAACUUUUCUGCUCAAAUGCUAGACCACCAGAAAUUUCUGCCACAGGUGAGAAAGUCUUGGAUCGUCAAUGGCCAAUUCAGUCAAGUUCUUCAUCCUUUGAAUACCAAAAAGCAUCUUUAGCCUUAAACACCACAAAUAGCUCACAGCAGUCACAUAUUCCGAGUAUGUUCAUUCUGAAUGCUAAUAAUCUCAGUGGAAGCUGGAAGAACAAUCAAUUCAUUCAGCAACAGCAUGUGAAUAUUACUAAUAAUUUACCUAAGGACUCCAUCAGUCAGGGAUUGCUCACUGGUUUUAUUUUAGCACAAGCUCCUGUGAUCACAUUUCAACCUUUAACAAACAAAAUCCGGACGAAUGAAACACCACUUCAUCAACAAAAUGCUUGUAUGCCAAAAGAUAUCUAUCAGCAGAAGUAUGCAACUCAGAAAGCUAUCGCUGUUGUUACACCAUUGACUCAAGCGGCAGUAGCAGGUGUUACGUUCUCAAAUAACCUGGCCGAAGUGAAAGGGGGAGACCCUCAAGGAAGAUCUGUAUCAAAUAAGAAUGACCAUCAACCUUACAUACCACAUACUUGCCAAACAACAAAUGAAAGUGGUGCAAAAAGUUUGAAUGAUUCUACAAUACAAACAAAGGAAAUACAAUCAAAAUCAGUACUAGCCCCUAGACUUUUUCAUUGUUUAAAGGAUGAUGGACCUGCUGAAAACAAUAAACUUCCUGGUCUGAGUGAAAGAUUGGCGUCAGUUUCUCUUAAUAGUAUGAGGGUACAGAGAAGGGAGGAGGUACAACAGCCUUCCACUGGCGAUGACAGUAGUGUUAAACUUCUCCGUGACAGUGAUGCUACGGUGAUGAGCAGUAAUUCUGUGGGCAUGAACACGAGAUUGGAUGCUAGAAUGGAUACAUUGUCUACCAUACCUGUACAGGAGUGGUCUCUUCAGAGAUUGCAUGAGUCUAUCACUCAAAUGGAGCAGACACAAAAAAGUCAGCAGAAAGACUUACCUUGCGAUAACCUCUUCGACGAGAUUCUGAAGAUGUAUUGGAAUGGAGAUUAUAAGAAAUUGUGCAAUGCUGCAAAAUCAAACAUUUAUAAAGACAUCAUUAAAGAAGUCAGACUUAACUGCAGCACAGAAAAUUCUGUAAUACUCCAAGGAGUUUCAAGAGAGAGACUGAAUGAAAUUGCAUCAAGCGUUCACAUUUUAGAACAUGGCACUGAAUCACCUAAGAUGGGGUACACAUCAUCCUGGUUAAAUCUCACUGAGAAUCUCCAUGACAUUGACAAGGAACAUGGUUAUCUUUCAACUUUAAUGACUUUGCAGUCCAAAAAUAAAAUCGCUGCCAAGGAAGCGCCAGUAAGAGAGAUGGAAAACAGGCCAGAGCUUUCAAAGGAAAAGUUAAAAGCAUCUGAUAAAGCACCGAGUGGAGGAGAGGAACAAAGGAAACCAUUACCCCCUGAGCACCAACAGAACUCAUGUGCUAAAGAUGACAAAACAGUAAGAAAAGACCCAGUGGGUGUGAAUGUUGAAAAGAUGUGCUCUGAAAAAGUGAUAGAAGGACAAAACAGUACAAAUGUGAAAAGUGUGAUUUCGGAAAGAGUACAAUCAGAACAACCAAAUAAAACAGUGGGUGAAAAUCAGGCACCUUUGCUUACGCCGUCAGGUACAAAACCAAUGAUUUUGUUCAAACUCCUCAGCAGAGACACAACGCCUGUUUUAGACAAAGAUGAUUCUGUUAAGAUGAGCAUCCUUCCACUAGAGAAAGCAGAGGAGCCAAAUGUAGAUGUGGACAACAUGAUCAAAGAAGAUGCACAACUUUUAACAGACAGCAGUCAAGUCACUGUUGAAUUGUUUGAGGAGGAUAAAAAAUGCAUAGACAUGGAAAUUAAAUCAGAUGAAAUAAGCAAAGGAAUUAAAAUCAACUGGAAAUUGGAGAAGUACUGUUGUCUUCCAAAAUGGUUCCAGGUUUUGGGUUAUAGAAAUAGAGGACUUUGCAAGUGUGUAAAAAGAUCUGAACUGAGUCAUCAUGCUGAUGCCUCAGGCGAAGGUGUGAAGGAGGUUAAUGCAGACAAGAACAGAUAUCCUUUCAACAAAGCUUGUAAGCGCACUGGUACUGACAUUUGUGAGUUGAGGGAUAGCAAACAGGCAAAAAAUCACAAGAAUGGACAAAAAAUCUCAUCUGUUACAUCACCAGUUGUUGAUGAUGGAAGCAUGGAUGAGCUUGAGAUUGUGGAGGUCAUCACAAACUUUGAAGAUGUAGUUAAAUUGGCACAUGCAAUGUCUGAGCAGGUCAAAGAAAUGCCACUUUUAACACAUACAUCACAUGAGUCCACAUCACGCAGAGAUCACCACAAAGAGUGCAAGACAGGAGAAACAAUAAGAAACCUUGUAUUAUUUGGCGCCUCGAAUGUGAGACAUGGGAAAAAUAUUUCUGGAUUUAUGUCAUCGGAUAAGGUGCAUCUUCCACCAGAAACAGUUAACAUACGAAUAGGUUCUAAUUGGAAUGAAAACCCUAACAGUACUAAAAGUCCUAAAAGCCACACUUCAAAACAGCAAGUUUGGAAUUCCUGGAAGAAGGCCCAUGUUUUAUCAGCGAUGACUCCAUACAGAAGGUCAAAGAAACAAAAACAGACAAAAGCCCCAGCAUCAAAAAGUGAUGAAAAUACCUCCUGUUUGACAUCAGCAGAUAAACAGAAAAAUACAGAUGGAGAUCAAUCCAUGAAAAAAUCCAGGAAGAAAAUCAGUUUGACCAGACAGGAUCAAAUAAGGAAGCUGAAACGAAAUAAAAUGUUGGCAUCAACAAAUCUCAAGAAAAGACGGAAUUAUGCACAUCAUGGGAGCAAACUUAUGAAGUCCUCUUUUGAUUCGGCUCAGGUCAUUAAUCCAAGUAAAAAGAAAUUAAACACGGGUUUGGCCUUAAAUUUUGGAGUUCUGCCAGAAUCUUUCAACAUAUCAGAUGACAGUUCCUCUGUGAAAGCCAGUCAAUCUGCAAGUGCAGAAAGCAGUUCAAAAGAUGAAACUGUGGUGAAAAUCAAAAGGACGUGGGGCAUGUCAGGUACGUGGUGUGAAAGCCCCCGGAAGAAACAGUGCCUCAAAUCAGUCCCUACCCUAACAAACUCAUCCAAGAUCAGCACAUUCCAAGAGUUCAAAAAGAAAUAUGAAGAAAAAAGGCAGAAAAUUCCAAUCUAAAUAUUCUUUUAAAUUCUAUAAAAAGGAUUUCAUCAAUGAUGUUAUUAAAAAACCCUUUUGGUCACGCUUUUGUACAUAGUAUGUGUAAUUAACUAAUUAACUAAACAUCUCUUUCAAUAUAUACAGGAAAAUAAUCACUUAACAUAGUAAUGCAACCCACCUCACUGAAACAGUGCUGCAGGGCAUUAUUAUUUUAUUUGACAUUAUUUGAAACUGAGCAUCACCUGUCCAUACUGCUGUUGAACAUAUAUUUUGCAAUUAAUACUUGUUUAAAUCAGUUAUUCAUACAGUUAUAAGUUUACAGUUUCUUGUUUUGUAUGAUGUCAUUAUAAAUAUGUAUAUAUAUGUGUGUGUAUAUAUGUAUGUGUGUAUAUAUAUAUGUAUGUAUAAAUACAUAAAUACAUCAA